AUGGCACCUAAACCGAGGAACUAUCUCAUCAACGUUGCAGUGGCCAUUUGUCUCGUGCAGUUGAGCGUUGGUAUGGAUUUGCUAAGCUACACUGUACCGAGCGAGGAAGUUGGUAACCGUCUGAUGUCGUACGAUCCGAAAAAUAGCAUAGGUUUUCCACACGAGUACGGCUUUGGACACUACUACCAGGGAGAUAUCCUGCUCCGGAUUCCCAAAAAGGGAAGGAUUGCAAUAGCCGACCCGUACGGUUUCGACAAAUGGUACAAGGGCGUCGUGCCGUAUGUCAUCAAGGCGAGCUUUAACAGCGCCGAGCGUCAGGUACUCCAGGCAGCUUUCACACAGUUCGCCACAAAGACGUGCGUCCGGUUUGUGCCACGUACAACUGAGCUGCAUUACAUCACGAUCACGAAUCGACCGGAGGGUUGCUACUCGUACGUAGGUCGCAGCCCUGAUGUAACACAGAACAUGCUCAAUCUGCAGACCCCAGCGUGCAUGACGAACGUCGGAACACCGGUGCAUGAGUUGAUGCACUCGCUGGGUUUUCUGCACGAGCAAUCCCGGUUUGAUCGCGAUGAUUACAUUGAAGUCAAAACCACCAAUCUGCGACCGGAAUACCAAGAUCCACAGUUUAUUGAGACAAACUUCGGAAAGUACAAUGAGUCCGAUGAGUAUACUUACGGAGCGCCGUACAACUACGCCAGUGUGAUGCAUUAUUCGCGUUAUGCCGGCGCAGCCUCACUGUCUCAGCCGGUGCUGUCGAACUUAAAACUCUUCGCUGGCGACUUUGGCAACGACAAAGGACUGUCGGCGAUGGAUGUGAAGCAAAUAAUGGCCAGAUACUGCACGAAAUAA